AUGGCAUCUGCUGCCCGUCUUCGACUCUCGUCCCCCCAGCCGCCGGUGUCGCCCAAAGAGCGGGGGGAUGACUCCCUCCACCCACGGCCUACGGACACCACAUCCAGGGUCGUCAACAAGGCACGCAAAGUUCUUCUCUCGUUCGAGGAGCUGCCGAAAUGGCAUCAGGACAACGAGUUCAUUCUCCAUGGCUAUCGACCGAUCUCAGGCUCGGCCAUGGUCUCAUUCCACAGCUGGUCAUACAUCCACAACGAGUCGGUCAACAUUUUUUCUCAUCUCAUACCGGCAGUCGCUUUUUUGCUCGGCGAGUGGUAUAUCCUGGAGUAUCUCACCAGUAGAUACUCGAAUGUGACUGGCGCCGACUUUUUCAUCUUCACCUUCUUUCUCUUGACUGCCGUCGUCUGCCUGGGACUGUCAGCGACAUACCACACUCUGACGAACCACUCCUCCGAGAUUGAGCAAUUAUUCUUGCGAUUUGACCUGGUGGGUAUAGUCAUCCUCACAUUGGGUGACUUUGUAUCGGGAAUAUACAUGGUCUUCUGGUGUGAGCCUUUGGAACGCAAGAUCUACUGGUCAAUGAUUGGAGUACUCGGAUCGCUUACCAUCUUUAUAAUGUUAAAUCCCCGGUUCCAUGGUCCAAAGUACCGCACUUUCCGAACACUUGCGUUUGUAGGGACGGGCUUAUCUGGCUUUGCACCUUUGAUACAUGGUAUUUCGAUCUUUGGCUUCUCGCAGAUGAUGAAACAAUCGGGGAUGCCCUAUUAUCUAAUCGAAGGAGGAUUCCUUCUGCUUGGGGCUCUGAUUUAUGCCACCAAGUUCCCCGAGUGUCGAUGGCCAGGGAAAUUCGACAUAUACGGCUCCUCCCAUCAACUUUUUCACAUCCUGGUAGUCCUUGCCACUGUGACCCAACUGAUUGGGAUAUUGGACGCCUUCGACUAUAAUUACACCAAUCGAACUUGCUCAUCUCUAUGA